CAACCGAACAAUGAGUAAUACGUCACAACAAAGGACGACCGCUCGGUGCCAGUUCAUCCCAGUACACUAUGAAUGAAACCUCGGCCCGGAGACGUCCAGGAUGUGGUUCAUGACUUCCGUCCUGGCUGUUCUGCUGCUCACAUUGCAGGCAGUGUCCCCCAAGGUAUCCCCAAAGGUAGUGAACCAAACGGUGCUGUGGAGGAGCGGUAGGGAGGGGGAGGUGCACCUAUACCGGACCCCCCUCCUCACCUACACCCCCCAGGGGAACCUCUUAGCCCUCAAUGGAGCCAGGAAGUAUGCCUCCGCCGAUAUGGGGCCCAAGUUCAUUGCCGUCAGAAGGUCUACAGACAAAGGCUUGUCUUGGUCCCCUACUGCCUUUGUUGUUGAUGAUGGCGAGGGGCAUGUCGGUCUGAACGUGGGCAGCGUCAUCGUGGAUAACGUAACCGCCACCAUCUUCGUCAUGUUCGUGUACUGUGAGAACUGUAAACAAAGGUCUCUGCUCCUGAUCAACAGCACGGAUGAUGGACAGACCUGGGGCGAACCCAGGAACAUUACGUCAUUGGUAGGGUCGGACAUGGUCACACAUCCCAGCCCUGGCUUCGGUAUUCAGAAAAAAGUUGGUCCGGCAAAAGGCAGAUUGGUCGUUUGCGGGCACGGAAUGCCGGGAGGGGCGGGGUCGCUACUGUUGCUAAGCGACGACCAUGGCGUCACGUGGAGGGGCGGGGCUUUCGUGUCGGCCAUUCCUUUCCACGCACAUGACUCAGAGUUCCAUCCUGAUGAAUGCCAGCCUGUAGAACUCCCGGACGGAACCAUCCACGUCAUCCUCCGUAACCAUGGACGCUAUCGCUGCCACUGUAAGAUGGUCAUGCGUAGUUACGAUGGCGGGGAGACCCUGUCCUACCGUACCAUGUACUUCGACGACACCCUGAUCGAACCGCGCAUUGCGUCAGGACUGUGGUAUAGCCACGGCGUCAUGUACUACACAGGGCCGGACAGUAAAACACACCGUGAGAAGAUGACGUUACGGUGGAGCUACAGUAACGGCACAUCGUGGGACGGUUCAUUACGUGUGUGGGGAAGGAAGCAGGGUACUCCACCAUGACCAUGUUACCUCAGGACAGAACGCACCUGUACAUACUGUACGAGAGAGGGGAGAAAUCGUCCACGGAGGAGAUAGCGCUGGCUGUAGUGCAAUUGUAGGGGAGAGACCAUCUACGGAGGAGAUAGCACUGGCUAUAGCGUAGCUAUAUAUAGAAGACGCUGCACAUUCAAGAUAUAGCACUGAAUAUAUUGCACACCUGUAUGGCUGUAUGGGAGAUCGAGAUAACAUACACGCAGGGGAUAUGGCUGGCUAUAGUAAACCUUUAACUGAGAGCUAACAUUCACAAAGGAGAUAGUGCUUGCUAUAGUGCAACUGAAGGGGAGAGACAAGCCCACACAGGACAAAGCGGUUGCUACAGCGCAGGAGAGGGACAAAGCACAGGAGAUAGCGCUUGCUUGCAAUAGCACCACUUCACGUAAGGUAGGGAUGAAGUCCACACACGAGAUAGUGCUUGCUGUAGAACCACUAUAGGCGGAGCACAUAUAGAAGAUUUGAAAAGGCAAAGAUUUCACGUCCAACAAUUGAGCCGACACGAAUGGUGGGAGAUCAACCGAGUGCUACAUUGAUGAUGGGCAAUUUGUCGAAAGCCAAGUCCUCAUCUCGUAGUAAGACGAAGGGUUGGACAAAUGUGAAGUUUGUGGACAAGAAUUGUUUUAGCAGACUUCUGUCCAUACAGCUGUUAACUGUCGGUAAGUUAAAAUGCUGUUAAGAGCUAAUUGCAUCAAAAUGUACCUGCCAGUUAGGGGCAGUGGACUGUCAAAAACGUCGCCAUCAUUCACCCUAACAUCUGCUUGGAGAUUAGGAGAUUAGCUAGGGAGAUAAUAUACCACUGGCCUAGAUAAAGGUAUAUUAGAAUAUUAUUAUAUAAACUUCUUCACGAGACCACUAACACGACACCGGAUAGAAGACCACGCAUUAUAUCUGUAAAAAUCUGAUAAAAAUCAUUUCGAUUAUCGGAUGUGGAGUCAACUGUUCAAAUCAGAGCAUUGCACAUGUACAAAAUACACAUUGUUAUUAAAC